AUGACCGUUUAUAUUAUUCAUGAAAAUGAUGUAUGGUUACCUCCAUUCCGAAAGGCAUUUGAAAAGCUUCAAUUACCUUUUAUCGAAUGGAAUUUAAGUGGGACACAUACUUAUUCAUUAAAUAAACCGCCUGAUGAUGAUGCAAUUUAUUUUAAUCGUAUUUCACCAUCCUCACAUACUCGUAAUCAUCGUUUUUCCUGUGAAAUUACAGGUCAAGUUCUCGAUUAUCUUUCAUUACAUUCAUGUCGAAUUAUUAAUGAUCAACGAGCUCUAACACUUGAAUUAUCUAAAGUAAAACAAUAUGUUGAAUUAACAAAAAGUCAUAUUCGUGUACCACAUACAGCAUUUAUUGCAAGUGCAACAUCAAUUAAUCAACAAGAAUCAAAAAUAAAAGAAAAUUUUAUUGAAACAUUAAAAAAAACUGCACGAGAAAUUUUUUUUAAUGAAACAACACAAAUAUGGACACCAUUUAUUAGUAAACAUAAUCGAGCAGGAAAAGGACUUGGUGUUCAUUUAUUUAUUGAUGAUAAACAACUUGAAAAACAAUUUGAAAAUUCAAUAAAUAAUAAUAUUGAUGAUGAAUUUUCUGUUGAUGGUAUUUAUCUUUUACAAGAAUAUAUUAAAUCACCACAACAAGUUAUUAAUCGUGCAGAAUUUAUUGGUUAUAAAUUAAUGUAUGUUAUUGAAGUUGAUACACGACAAGGUUUUCAAUUAUGUCCAAGUGAUGCAUGUCGAAAAACACUUGAUGAUAAAUUAGUUAAACAAAGUACUGAUGAAAUCAAACAUGGAUUUAAUGUACGAUCAAAUGAUUCAUUUACUGAUAAUGAAAAAAAAAUUAUUAAACAAUUAGAAAUUUUUUUACAAGAACGACAAAUUGAAGUAGCUGGAAUUGAAUGGGUUGAUGAUGGAACAAAUAUUUAUGUUUAUGAUGUUAAUUGUAAUACAAAUUAUAAUGUUGCUGCUGAAACAAGAUUUUUUGGGGAUAUGUAUGGGACAAUUAAAUUAGGUGAAUAUUUUCAAAAACAAUUACGAAAAGACUAA